GUGUCUUCGGGAGUCGCUGGUCUCCGAUGCCGCGCAGUAGCAGUGUUUAUUUACGUACGCCAUCGUUGUGUGUGAUUAAUUGAUCGCGAGUUUUCCACGCCUCCGAAGCUGCUCGCACAGAUUCGACGCGGACGCGUCCUGUCACUUCUCGCGGGCGCUGUCAAACGCUCGCGCGGAAAGCCGCACGCGAGCUGUCAAAGUCGACGAGAGGACGGGGACGGGGAACGAUCGGUCGCUACGCCAUCGUCGUGCACAAGUCGCAUCGUAAUGUCGUCAUCCUCGUCCCUGCUGUCUACGUUCUAACCUAUCCGCGCGACUCGUCGUCUCGCGGUUUGUUGUGUUUAUUCCGGAUCCUUGCGAGACACUCGGCUGUCAAAUCCGAUGUUGCGAAAAUAGCUCGCAGCCUGGUGACGACUAUGAGCGACGAGGACGACGUGUUGCCGGCGCGUCUACAGAGACUCGAGAUUGAUCGUCGUUCCAAGAGUUCCUCCCACAUUGCAGCGACAGACAAAUCAAAGGUGACAAAUCUAUUCAGGAUAUUUGGUGAGACUUCCGAUAGUAGCUACUUAUUUCGAAGAAGAUCCAUGCCCAACAGGCCUACCAUGUUCUCGGACAGUCCAAAGGGCAUUAAAAGUACAACGAACUUCAAGUCUAAGGUUGAGAAAGCCAGCAGAUUCGAGAAGACCAGGAGCAGUCGUAAAUCUUCAUUCUUAAAUAUUCUAAAAUCAAGCGCUUCUGGAACUAGCGAUCUUAGUGAUAAUUCGGUGGAUGCGCUCAAGGACAUGUUGAAGCUCAGUAUUCUCAGUAAAAAUUCCAAGAUAAUCGAUAAAUCGGUCAUGAAGGACUUGAAGGCGUUGAGAAUCAGUAAAGAUUGUAGACAGGCCAAGGAUGACACUAGCAUUCAAGAUGAUGAGUGCGAGGCCGGUAGUUUUCAGCGUGCUCGUAGUAACACGAUGCCGAAUCUGAAGAGGGGUCCUGGUCCAGGUGGCGGAGAACAACGAACGACGACCGGGCAGUCGGAUGCGAGUAGCGCCUCGUCUUCUGGUCAACAGUUGUCGAGCUCGCCGAACACUUGUUCGGUACAGGCGCGAAUAUCACCACCUUCCUCGAGUGACGUCACGAUCGGCGAACUCGCCGGCUACUUCGAAGAGUUCGUCCAUAUUCCAAAGAAGAUGUCACAUAUGGCAGAGAUGAUGUACACUUAAUAUCUGUAAAGUAUCUUGAGUCUUGCGGAUACAGACUUUCUUUCCGCGCACAGUUACCUCAGACUGUGCGUAUUUCAUUCGCUAUACGAUAUCAUAUAUCUCUCUGUUUGUUUAAACCUAUUUAAUUCACACUAAAUUAUUCUUUUAAUAUAUAUUAUAAUAGACAUUGGCAAAAGAAAAAGAAAGAAAAAGAUAUUCAUUUUUGUUUGUGUAUAGUCUCGAAAUUAUUGAAAUAUCUUAUAAUAUAUUUAUAUAAAAAUGUAGCAAAGAUAUCGAUAUACCUUUUUUUUCUUUGUUUUUUUUUUCAUCUGUAUCUGUGCACUAUUUGGUUUCUUUAGUGUAUAAAAGGGAAUAUGGAAUAUAAUUAUAUUAUAUGUAUUUAAAAAGAAACUUUUGUAUUACGAGAGAGAAGAAUAAUUGGUUUUAGAAUAAAUCGCAUAAACUGAAAAUCAGUAUCGAAGUAUUUAUCGAGCACCCACACAAUCAAAUAGAUAUUUUUAUACGAAUAUUUCUGUACCUUUGCAUAUACUUCAUCUCGCAUUAGCUAUUUGACUGACAAAUAAAAUGUUUGUCUUGCGCGAAUAGAAAAAAAUCUAAAAAAAC